AUGCGAAAGGGCACCUCAUUCGGAUCAAAUGAAAUUGUUCUUGGAUCUCUCAAUAAUAACCGUAAUCCCGGUAAAAACCGACUGAUAGAAGAACCUAGCGGAGACACCCACAAAGGAGUAUCAAAUCACACACGACCUUCAGCGAGUGAAGAAUAUGAUUCGCCAGAAGCUCUAUACUUAAUUUCAAUCAUACCGGCUUACCAUACCAGCAAUCCUUUACAAAAUAAAGCCAACACUAUAUCUUUAACUCCAUAA